UGUCUAUGAUGAGAGGGCAUGCGUGUCUUGUGAGGCGACGGGCCAAAUCGGACCCGCCGUUCUCAGAGGAUGUGGUGCCACCAGUGGGUCUGCGUGCGGUGUGGCAGCAGAGGUGCAGCCAUAUCGGUAGCGGCUCAUGUAUCCAGGCGUUGGCAGCAAAUCCGCCACAGGCUCUUGCCCCCCAUGCUUCGUCGUCGUGACCACUCUACAUCGCCUUUGUGCUCAAGGUACUCGUGGAUCUCGCUGUGUGUUGGAACACAGUGCUUUUAUUUUACAUUAACACUCGCGUGCGCAAGGUACUCUGAUGUCGACCAGCAGUUUCGCUCGCGGGCCUGUGGCCAUAUCCAUCGCCAUCGCCCUUGCAGCCGAGAAUGGUGCUGGUCUUGGGGUCACCAGUGGCAGCACGUGGUCUUUCAGCCACUUACCUCGCACUGUGUUGACAAAUUUCAAGCCAGGGGAAUGUGGUAAGCAGCAGCCUGGCUACGUGACGAUCGCACACGCGUCGUGGAACACUUCUUGGCACGCUAAGGUCGCGGACAUUGCCGAGUGUAAGGCGAUUUGCGAUUCGAAUCCCGUGAGGUGCGUCGGCUUCGAAGCCCAUUACCCCCAGCAUGGCAUGAUGCGAUGCAAGUUGUACAAGGGCCUCAUGUUCGAGAAGGACCACAUUGGUUUGUCUUUCUCCAAGUGUACGAAGGCUAUGCCGUGCCAUGAUGAAAUAUUCCACCGGGGCUUUCAGUUCUCCCACGCGGGCACCUGGAGGGGUGCCACGGAGAUGGAGGACUUGGCGGGUUACGCAAUAGGGGACUGCGCCAGCGCUUGCCGCGGCAGCAGGGCGUGCGUCGGCUUCACGUUCCGUGGCAACGGAGGGCCUCCGGGCUUCGAGCAGUGUAUGCACUUUCUCAACAAUGCCAACAAGCAGGGGCCCAGGCACGACCUGCGCGUCCACUCGUACUUCAAGUGCGUAGAGGGCUCCGGCCAGAACGUCGUCCAGACAGCGCUGCAGGACGCCCCGGAAGCUUCGGUUGAUAACAUGACCGAGAACGCGAGCGCCCCCGAGAACGCCACCGAGGUGAUGUAGGGCCCCGUGUUUCUUCAGUUGUAUAGGGCUUAGGCCGUAUUUAGAUUGGGAAGGCUUUGCGGCCAGUGUCGCCGAGUCCGAAGGGGGACGACGACCGCGACAAGGACGAGGACGAGGACGAGGACGACGACGCCGGAGUCUCCGGUUGAUAACACGACCGAGAGCGCGAGCGCCGCCGAGAACGCCACCGAGGUGAUGUAGGGCGGCCCCGCUCGUCCUCGGGGCUAUAGUGGGUGCUGCAGCCGUCUGGGGCGUUGGCCGUGCAGGUGGCGGUGGGGCAGAGGUGCUCUGCUCGCGCGCGCCCGAGCUCCGCACCACUGGGCUGUGCUAGAUCUUGGCCGAGCAGGUGGGGCCUUCCCCAAGGGACACACUGCUGCAGACGGUCGCACUAAGAAGAGGUCAAGAGCCGGACCGCCCACCCUCCCUCCCCCCCACGGUUGAAAGUUUUAUUGUGCACUGACCUUUAACCUUAGGUGCCCGUGCGGAGUUUUCGAAGCUCGACGUUUAGUGCAGCUGCUGACUGUGCCGAAUUGUCUCUGCAGGCCGCGUGCCAUCAUUUGCUGCUGACAGGCUGCGUGCUUCAACAGCGUCGCACUCCACCAAAAUUUCCCUUCCGCCGGAUGUCGAAACGCCGAGUGAGGAAACGCUCACGGGUCUGGCGGAUUUGGCCCCUCUUAGGGCUGUCGUUGACAUGUGGAAGAUUGUUCUGUGAUACCGCGGCUGGAAGCCUCUCUCCCCCGAGUUUCUGGCUUCUUGCCAGGGAAUCACCAGCACUCGCUCCCGCCUUUGACCCAUCCGAUCUCCAGGCUCUAGACACCCGCUGUGGCAGUGUUGCGCCGCCUUUUGUGCUCGAGGUACUCGCGAAUUUCACUGCGCGCUGGAUCGCAGUGCUCUUGGCACUUUACACUCACACUCGCGUGCGCACGGUGCUCUGGAUGUCGCUCGGCAGUUUCCUUCGCGGGGCUGCCGUCGCCUUCGCCCUCGUGGUCGAGAACGGCGCAGGCCUCGAGGUCGCCAGUGGCAGCACGUGGUCGUUCAGCCACUUGCCUCGCACUGUGCUGACGAAUUUCAAGCCAGGGGAAUGCGGUAAGCAGCAGCCUGGCUACGUGACGAUCGCACACGCGUCGUGGAACACGUCUUGGCACACGAAGGUCGCAGACAUCGCCGAGUGCAAGGCGAUUUGCGAUUCGAAUCCCGUGAGGUGCGUCGGCUUUGAAGCCCACUAUCCCCAGCAUGGCAUGAUGCGAUGCAAGUUGUACAAGGGCCUCAUGUCCGAGAAGGACCACAUUGGUUUGUCCUUCUCCAAGUGCACGAAGGCUAUGCCGUGCCAUGACGAAAUAUUCCACCGGGGCUUUCAGUUCUCCCACGCGGGCACCUGGAGGGGUGCCACGGAGAUGGAGGACUUGGCGGGUUACGCAAUAGGGGACUGCGCCAGCGCUUGCCGCGGCAGCAGGGCGUGCGUCGGCUUCACGUUCCGUGGCAACGGAGGGCCUCCGGGCUUCGAGCAGUGCAUGCACUUCCUGAACAAUGCCAACAAGCAGGGGCCCAGGCACGACCUGCGCGCUCACUCGUACUUCAAGUGCGUAGAGGGCUCCGGCCAGAACGUCGUGCAGGCGGCGCUGCAAGACGCCCCGGAGGCCGCGGCUGAUAACAUGACCGAGAACGCGAGCGCCCCCGAGAACGCCACCGAGGUGAUGUAGGGCCCCGUCUUUCUUCAGUUGUUUAGGGCUUAGGCCGUAUUUAGAUUGGGAAGUUGAGCUCGCUCAGCGUGGCGCUCUGGCAAAACGCACCCUUGAAAAGCUUACAGGGGGUCAUGGGACGCCCCACUGUCGACAUGCUUGUAGGUCCAACUGUUCCACGUGGAGGGCCGAAACUGCAAGGAAAGUGGAGCCC